CCUUUCCCCAGAGGCGCCCCGCCUCCUUUGUUCCGGGCAGCUUCCGCCGGAAACGACUCUCAAGUGCCUCUCUCUUACCUGUCCCCUGACAUGGCGCCGCUCUGGCGUCGGCUGAAAGAGGCCUCGUUGGUGCUGGGUGGCGGCGGCACACUCCUGGCGUCCUUCCUGGUAGUGACCGGGGACCGGGACUUCUAUGCGGCGCAGCUGAUGCCGGCCCUGCAGUGGGCACUGGGCCCUGAGGCCUCCCAUGGACUGGCCCUCCGCCUCCUGGCUCUCGGGUUCCGGCCAUUGCGGCCUCGGAAGGAGGAGGAGGAGGGUACCAGCACCUUGGAGGCAAGGGUCUUUGGGCGGCGCUUCCGGAACCCCCUUGGUCUGGCAGCCGGCUUCGACAAGGAUGGGGAGGCGGUGGAUGGCCUCUUUGGGCUGGGCUUUGGCUUCGUGGAAGUGGGCAGUGUCACCCCGCAGCCCCAGGAGGGCAACCCCCGCCCCAGGGUCUUCCGUCUCGGCCAGGACCAGGCCAUUAUCAACAGGUAUGGAUUCAACAGCCAGGGCCAUGCGGCUGUGCAGCAGCGACUUCAAGCUCGGCAGGAGACCCAGCAUUGCCUUCGCAAAGAGGGCAUGCUUCUCGGAAUUAACCUUGGCAAGAACAAGUCUUCAGUGGACGCCUCUGCAGACUAUGUAGCCGGAGUCCAGAAGCUGGGCCCACUGGCUGACUACUUGGUAGUGAACGUUUCCAGCCCCAACACACCCGGCUUGCGGAACCUGCAGGGAAAAGCCGAGCUCCGCCUUCUGUUAGGCAAGGUGCUGGCCGAAAGAGAUGCCCUGCCUGCGGAGCCCAAGCCUGCUGUCCUGGUGAAAAUUGCGCCCGACCUCACGGCCCAGGAGAAGCGGGACAUUGCUAGCGUUGUUUGCGAGCUGGGUGUUGACGGACUGGUGGUCACCAACACCACUGUGAGUCGGCCAGAUUCCCUGCAUGGGGCGCAUCGCGAUGAGGUGGGCGGCUUGAGUGGACCUCCUUUGCGCCCGCUCUCCACUGAGACGGUUCGUGAGAUGUAUGCCCUUACCAAAGGACGUGUGCCCAUCAUUGGCGUGGGAGGCAUCUGCAGUGGUCAGGACGCCUUGGAGAAGAUCCGGGCGGGGGCCUCCUUGGUGCAACUCUACACAGCCUUGGCCUACCAGGGGCCACCUGUGGUGUGGGCUGUGAAGCAGGAGCUGGCGGCGCUUCUGAGGGAGCAGGGAUUCCAGAGUGUCCAGGAGGCCGUGGGCGCGGACCACCGCCUCUGAGGAGUCUUGCUGUGGACCCAGGGAGGCCUUUUGGCCCAGAUGUCAAGCAGGGGCUUCUGAAGCUGGCGGAUUGGCUGCUGCAUGUCUUGUGGAAGUGCCUGUGCUGCGGAAGAAGUGCUCGUUCUUCACUUUGGCAGCCUCUACCAGAUGGGAGCCCUGCAACCUGUGGCUUCUGGCCCAAAACAAGCCAAGACUGACCCAUCUGAGCAGACUGGACUGAGCAUCUUUGAUCAGAGAUCAUGGGGGGAGUGCAAAGCGCAGAGGAAUCCAUGGAGGCAGUGGGGUUCAGGAGGAGCCAUCCAGUCAGCCAUAUCGGUGCCUCCUCUUCCCUCUUGGCAGCCUCAAAGGGGACAGUGGGGCCAUGUUGCAGCCAAGAGCCUUGGACACAAUAUUUGGAGGGAGGGCAGUAAACUCUGCAGAGACCAGCGCUUCCCUGUCCCCAAAGGCAGACUCUGUCCUUCAGGCCUUUCAGCUUGGUGGAUGUUUCAGUAAAGGGCUUGCCUCCUGGCUCAAA